UGCUGGGCUCUCAACAACGCCGAGCUCAACUUUAACUCGAGUAACUUGAGUUACCUAGUUAGUGAAAAGACUUCGGCGCUAGCUUAGCGAACCGCAUUCAGUAACAUACAGGCUGUCGUGUCGGUUUUGCUGUACUGUUGACAUGUUUUUGCUGCCUUUUUCUUUUCUUUGUCUCGGCGUCUUGCUGGAAAACUCGCUGUGUGUGGAGGGCAGCGAUGUGCUGGAGUUGGGGGACGCUGAUUUUGAGGUCCGUGUGGCCGCACACGACACCCUGCUGGUGGAGUUUUUCGCUCCGUGGUGUGGUCACUGUCAGAGGUUAGCACCUGAAUAUGAAGCUGCUGCCACCAGGCUGAAGGGAGCAGUAUCCCUAGCAAAGGUUGACUGCACUGUGAACUCCGAGACAUGUGGGAGGUUUGGGGUGAAUGGAUAUCCGACACUGAAGAUCUUCCGUAAUGGGGAGGAGGCUUCUUCAUACGAUGGCCCCCGAACAGCAGAUGGAAUUGUGAGCUAUAUGAAGAAGCAGGUUGGACCAAGCUCUGUACCUCUGCACAGCGAGGCUGACUUGAAUUCUUUCAUAAACACUUUCGAUGCCAGCAUAGUGGGCUUCUUCUCAGGAACAGACAGUCUGCAGCUUGCUGAGUUUCUAAAGGCCUCCAGUGCUUUGAGGGACAGCUACCGAUUCGCUCAUUCCACAGAUCUGAGAAUUGGGCUGAAACACAAUGUUGACACAGAGUGCGUCCUACUGUUUCGACCGCCACACCUGAACAGCAAGUUUGAGGAGAGUGUGAUGAAGUUUACAGAACCUAUUUCAACCUCUUUGCUCCGUACAUUCAUCAGGGACAACAUCUUUGGCCUGUGCCCUCAUCUGAACUCCGGGAACAGAGACAUUUUGAGGACGAGCGAUCUGCUUACGGCUUAUUAUGGUGUUGAUUAUGUGCGGAAUCCAAAAGGUACAAAUUACUGGAGGAACAGGGUGAUGAAGGUGGCAACUCAGUUCCAGUUGCGUGGACUGAGUUUUGCUGUGGCGGACUGGGAGGAGUUCCAGGAGGAGCUGGAGGAGGAGUUUGGUCUGGGGCUUUCUGAUGGAGGAGAACUGCCAAUCAUCACUAUCAGGACCAGAGCAGGACACAAGUACAUCAUGCAGGAGGAGUUCACGAGAGAUGGGAAAUCUCUGGAAAAUUUCCUGGAGGACUAUUUUGCUGGCCGGUUAAAGAAAUACAUCAAAUCGGAGCCUGUCCCAGAGUCAAAUGAUGGCCCUGUCAAAGUUGUGGUUGCAGACACAUUUGAGGAGAUUGUGAACAACCCAGAGAAAGACGUACUGGUGGAGUUCUAUGCUCCUUGGUGCGGUCAUUGUAAAAAUUUGGAGCCCAAAUAUACUGAGCUUGGAGAGAAGCUGUCCAGCGAUCCCAACAUGGUCAUUGCUAAGAUGGACGCCACUGCCAAUGAUGUUCCUCCAAACUAUGAUGUACAAGGCUUUCCAACUAUUUACUUUGCACCUGCUGGACAAAAAGACCAGCCAAGGCGAUAUGAGGGUGGACGAGAGGUUAUUGACUUCAUCAGCUACCUGAAGAAAGAGGCUACAAAUCCUCUGGUCCUACACACAUCAAGAGAUGACCUGUGAAUUUCAUUCAAAUAACCAUGAAAAUGAGAGUCCAGAAAAUGGAGAUAUGAACAGAUAGUCUGCAAUUUUUUUGACUCUGUGGACAGAGCACAGGCCAAGGGUGUUAUUUUGUCCUGAAACCAACACAGAAUAUCCUAGUUUCUAAGAAUAAGAAUUAUAUGUCAAAGUGAUUGAUGUGGGCUCAUCCAGCAGCAGAUCCUCAUAUCAGAUGUUUGUUGUUAAAGUAUAAUUUUAGGGGUUAAGAACUCAAACUGAAGAUAGACCUGUUUCUGAACCAGCGGUCUUUAAAUUUUUGGUUUUUUUUGCAUUCUGUUUUCUUUACUGAGUACAGUUCUCUUUCCACUGAGACUGUUCAUAGAAUAUGCAAGAAUAGUUUCAUAUUAGUAAAUAAGAGUAAAUUAUCUCAAAUUAUAUCCUGUAAGCAGAUGCCCUGACAGUACAUAAUAUGCGUUCCUCUGACCUGAUUAUUCCUAACAGUAGAUUGUAUAUCUGUCACAAUACUGGGACAGUUUUCCUCAUAAUUUAAAGCAGAAUUGCACUGAUUUUUCAAAAAUUCUGCUCAGUUUAAUCUCUGAAAUGUAAACAAGUUCUCUCAUAGUGGUUUGCUGUGAAAUGGUGUAUUGCAGAGGAACACACUGACUCAGAUUUUCUUUACAGUGCUAGUGAUAGGUCCAGUGUGUAAAAGGCAAAUAUAGACAUUGUAUUUUAGGCCAAAACUUUAUCACAAAACCAUUGUAAAACAACGUCUCAGGCAUCAAGGGAAGGUUUUUUUUUUUUUUAAACUACUUUGCAUGAAUAACUUUGUGAAGUAGCUUUUAUAGAGACAUUAAAUGUCUUGGAUGUCUGGUGCUUUUUUCCACUGCUGUGAAGAAUUCUGACUCUGCAAGUUUUUCUAGGGUGCCGUGUUUCACAUCAAAACACUCUAAAUGACUUAUAUUUACAUCUAAACCAUUUAAUUAUGCAGAAAUUCCCCUAUAAGAUACUAAAGAGGUUCUACUUUAGGUUACUAAGGAAGCUAAACCCAGUGAUCAUAGUGCCCCUUUCAAAAGGGUAUGUGUAUUCAGUUGGUACAAGAUUUAUUGGUGCCCUAGUCUUUACAGUGUCAGGCAACUAGAUUGUAGGUUAUCAUGGUAAUUUGGUAAUCAGAAUUUCUGAAAGCAUUAUUUCAGAUUUCCUAGCAACAUCUACUGUGUCUAAAUAUUUUUUCAUCCUCUGAAAGAUUGUGCCAUUUCCUGUUAAAAAAAAUCCUUGUUUAUACUGUUCACUUGGACAAUGCUUGUCAGUAAUUUGUUCAGUAGUUCACACACUGCAAGUCAUUUUAGAUAAUUGUAAGGCUGACAUUGAACAUGGGACAUUUUAGCCUUUCUUAGUGCUCUGUUUACUGUUUCACAGUGUGUAAUAUGUGUUUAGAGACAAAGUGUAAGAAGUGUAAUAUACAUAGGUUAGUUGUGAUUGAGCAACAGAAUUAAUGCAGUUCCUUUGAGCUACAUGAUAUACUAGUAUGUUCAAUAAAUAGGUAUUUGAAUAGUGUGUAAUCUUUAGAUCAGAAAGGUUAUUUUUCUUGAAUUGGCGAUUAAAAUUAGAAUUGGUAAUUAAACCUGUCCUAAAAUAACAGGAAGACGAGUUUCGACGUUGGAAUGUGUGGUGGUGGUGAAUUAUUCAGCAGCUGCAGUGAAACUGAUGGGAUUUCUGUUCUACCUCUUCAGGCCUGAAUACUAUGUUGUACUUUGCAGGUUUCUCAUGUCUUCAAACAAAAUAAAAAAUA